GUGCAUACCACCAUCAGAGAUGCCAAAGCUGAGAAAUAUAUUCAAGCAAUCCGCGGCGUUGCCUAGGAUGUCCUGGAGUCCUAGCAAUCUUUAUAAUCUCUACAAUAGAAGUUAUUCCUUCAAAUUACUAGAAACUACAUUCAAUAAAACAUCAAAAACUCUAUUCCAGCAGAGAUUCUUAGCAAAAAAGUUAGUUAGAGCCUACCACGGUGAUUAUAUACAAGAGAAUAUAUUCAGAAAAUGGUUUUUACCACAACAAUUACCUAUAAUCAAUUCAUCAAAAUCUACUAACAAAUCUGGUCUCGCGAAAUGGUCAAAAAAGCUAGCAGCUCCGGAUACUACAACACCUACUCCUGUUACUUCACUCAUGUUUACAGAGUUAGAGAGACGCAUUGAUCAUUUAGUUUUUAGAUGCUGCUUAGCUUCUUCGAUUUACGAAGCAAGAAGAUUCGUUAUACAAGGACACGUAAAGUUGAAUGGCUAUAGGCACAUUGAUCCAAAUACAAGAUUAGAUCCAGGUGAUUUGGUUGAAGUCAAUCCACUGAUCGUUAGCACACUUCAGAAGCCACAAGAGAAGCCAAUAGAGAAGACUGAAGAGUCUGCAGAAGAAGUUCAAUCAGAAAAACCAGAGGAAGUUCCAGAAGUCUCAGAAGUCUCAGAAGUUUCAGCUGAACAAAACCAAUCUCAGAAAUCACAACAUCCACUUCCAUUCAAUCUUCCUCCAUACGCAGCUCCUCAUUUAUUUAUCCCUGCAUAUAUAGAACCAUCAUUCCAAACUUGCUCAUUCAUCUAUCUUCGUCAUCCAACUGCAAGACCUGGUUACUCUGAAAUUCCUUCUCCUUACUCUGCUGACGGUGACGUUAUGAAAUUAGCCUGGGAAUGGUAUGUUAGUCGCCAAAUUAGAGCAAGAAACCUCGGCUCAGGUCCAUGGGGUGGCCCACGUCGUCCAUCAGGUACAAAACGCGGUAAAGGUGAAGAAAGAAGAGGAUAAAAAUGAAUAAAUAAUUAAUUACUGAUACAUAAAAACAUUUAUU